CUCCCCAUCGCUGUUUGGCAUGGUUCUGGAAACUGGUUUGGCUGAGGGGCCGCUUACCCAUCGAUGGGAAGAUCUUCCCAUCGCUGGGUGGGUGGUUAGUCAAGAACCCAUGGUUUUUGCCUUAACCACGGCCUAGCCAACCGAUGCGAAACCCGACCGAAAAAUUCAAAGUUCUCCAAAAUAAAAAACAAGUGUUUAAAACACUUAUUUGAUGUAUUUGGCUAAGAAAUCAACUCGCCGGAAAAAAACCAAGUUCAUGGACUCCACUCCUCCGCCGCCGGAACCCAGAAGCCGAACAAGAUCGUCUUCAAGGCGCUCCAAAAUUCGUCGAAUCGAUGUGGCUGCUGAAAUUUCCCCUUCAGUCCCAAACCAAGAACUCUUUCUCAUCUCCCCAUCCCCAAAUCGGAGAACGAAGUCACGUUUACCGGAGAAUCUUGAAACUGUUGACCACGUCGCCGAGCCCGCCGGCGCUCGCCGGAGACGCAGGACCCGAAAUGCCUCUUCAGUUCUUGCUUCCCCUAGGAAUACCAGGAGACAAAGAAAGCGAGUAGAUCAAGAAACGAUGAGAGACUUUAACGAAUCAGAGCUUAAUGCACCCCUGCAAUUGGUUGUUGGGUUAGGUUCUGGUAGUGCUGAACCUGCAACAGUUUGGAAAAUUAUUCUUCAGACUCGUGUUAUCUCUGCCAUGUUCUAUAUUGGAUUAUGUUUUGGAAGUGAGAAAUGGAUUCUACGAGAACUCAUGCUGCAGCUUUGGAUUUUGCUUCUAUAUGCCCUUCAUUAAUGAAAGUUCAUAAUUUAUGCUACUGCACUCUGGUAUAUAAAUAAAAAGAAAAAAAAUGCAGUGGUUACUUCGGGUUCAUACUACUUAAUGUUCGGGUCAAUGUGGGUUCAAGUAGAGAACUAUAUGUUCAUCACCAUUAUCAUUCGGUUUGGGUCGACCCAACGGGUUAAAACUUUGAUUUUAAACAAAAUUUAAGUUCAUAUUAACACUUGCAUUUUUCUUUAAGUAAAAUUAAAAUAUCAAAAAAAUGUACUAUAUCUAUUAUAUUAUUUUAUUUUAAACAAUGAAAUGAUUUUACCUCU